AUUAAAAUUUAUAAUCUAUACACGUCUACCUACAAAUUGGGUAAAAAAAACAAUACUUAUUAUUCCCGAUUCGUUGACGGCGUGCAAGUGAUUCGUGUGCGGUAUACCAACGUCCUAUGACUAUAAUAGGUAUACAAUCACGAUUCCGAGGUCUUAACUCUCGAGAUGGACUUAAAGUUUGUGUUGUUUUUUGUUCAAACGGCUGCCAUCACUAUGGCGCACGUGAUUACGAUAAAAAACAACUGUCCGUUUACUAUAUGGCCCGGCAUACAAGGCAACCCGGGGCACGAACAUCUCGAAAACGGAGGAUUUUCGUUGGGCGCCCACAAGACCCACAAGAUUAACACGUCUCGAAAUUGGGCGGGCAGGAUUUGGGGCAGGACCAAAUGCAGCGGUCAAGGAAAAUGCGAAACCGGUGAUUGUGGGAACAGGAUCAAGUGCAACGGGGCUGGCGGCGUACCACCCGUGUCCCUGGCCGAGAUGAAGUUCACCGGGUCCGACGGGUUAGACUUCUACGACGUUUCGUUGGUAGACGGCUACAACCUGCCGAUCAGGAUGCUGCCGACCGGGCAGUUCUCGUACACGAAAAAGGGCAAGUACGACUGCAAAGCGGCCGGCUGCGUAGCCGACCUGAACAGCAUGUGUCCGUCCGAGCUGGCCGUCAAGACUGGCUCCGGUGUGGUGGCGUGCAAGAGCGCCUGUGAGCGGUUCAACACGGACACUUACUGCUGCCGAGGUGCCCACAAAACCUCGGCCACCUGUAAGAGCAGCUCGUGGCCCAAAAACUAUCCGGCAUUCUUCAAGAAGGCCUGUCCGGACGCCUACAGUUACGCGUACGACGACACGACCAGCACGUUUACGUGUCGUGGCAAUCCGUCCACCAACUACGCAGUCAUCUUUUGCCCUUAAGAAGUCACUGGUCUGCAAUAAUUGUACAGCGAUGUGCCCAUAUAGGCAAUCAUAUAGGUUCAGGGUAGAUGAUUUAAGACGAUUUUUAUAUUACAUAUACCUAUAAAUGGUCACAAAUCACUUUGGUGGAUUAAAUAAAAUGUUAAACUAUAUACUACGUCUACUAUAUAGUAUUGUUAUACACUCAACGAUAAGAUUAUAUUUUGAUAAAGUUAUAAAGUUUUUUUUAGUACCUACAGAUACAAAACAUUUAUUAGCAUUAGUCAUUACUUUACACAUGUCGACGUCACAGAAUACGUCACUACAUUAGGUAGACCUUUUAAUGUCUACGGAAUUAUUAAAAAGCUAAUUAAAAUUUUUUUUUCAUUUUUAUAAACUAUUUCUGAAGUUACGACCAACAAAAGGAAUUAUUUAAUAGGUGUAAAAAGUGAUUAUUGGUAAUCGAUAAAAAUAACCACAGAAUAUAAGUCCAACAGAAAAAAUGGAAAAGUAUGGUGGUUGGUUGUUGAAGUAUCCAUGUGUGUACUAUAAUAUAGCAUUGCAUAGCCUAUAUAACUAUUUUGUAACAUACAAAUACCUAUAUAAUAAUUUUUUUGUGUGUUUAUAUUUACUUUUAUUUUAUUGAUUAAUGAUGUAUUAAGCUUAUCCUUUAAGCAAUUAUCGCAAAUAUGGAAUGUCAAUAAAUGUAAUAUGAAAAUAUAAUAAUUAUAAAUAAAAAUAUAAUAUACUACAAUA